UGGACUCAGCUGAAGAAUUAAGAAAUCCAGUGUCCAUAUGAUCCACAAUGGCUCUCAAUAUAGAAGGUCUGAUAAUGAUGGUUGUUUUCUACUUGCUGGUGUUGGGAACCGGCAUCUGGGCGUCUGUAAAAGCUAAAAAGAAGGAGAAAAACACAAACGGCAGUCAUGUAGAAGUUUCCUUUUUGGCUAACCGGAGUGUCAGCUUAGUACUGGGAGCAUUCACCAUGACAGCUACUUGGGUUGGUGGCGCCUUUAUCAUUGGGGUUGCAGAGUCGGUUUAUGACCCCACCAAAGGUCUAAUCUGGGCUCUGGUUCCUCUGCAGGUCUCUAUUUCCUUUGUUGUUGGUGGACUGUUCUUUGCAAAGCCAAUGAGGGAGAACAACUACGUCAGUAUGAUGGAGCCAUUUCAGAGAAAGUAUGGUAAAGCACUAACUGCUGUUCUUGCCAUUGUCCCAGUCAUAGUUGAAAUCAUCUGGGUUCCUGGAUUACUGAUUUCUUUGGGGGCGACCAUGAGUGUCAUCUUGGAGCUGCCCUUCAGCGUUUGCGUCUGGAUCUCUGCCGCGGUGGCGAUCAUCUACACUGUUCUCGGAGGUCUCUACUCAGUUGCUUACACUGAUGUCGUCCAGCUGUCAUUAGUGCUUGUUAGCCUGUGGCUGUGUGUGCCUUUUGUUUUUGCAAGUAGCGUUUAUACUGACAUCACUAAAACAGCAUCCAACCACACAUAUCAGGCCCCCUGGCUUGGACAGUUUGAGUACGAUGAACUGUGGAGAUGGGUUGAUCAUUUCCUAGUGAUGACUGUGGGCAAUAUGGCAGUUCAGGAUUUCCAUCAAAGGACACUCUCCUCCAGCUCUGCAUCCACAGCCAGAAUCAUCUGUUUUAUAGCGGCAGGUGGAGUCAUCAUUGCUGGACUUCCGUCAGUGUUGAUCGCCGCUGUUGCAGCUUCAACAGACUGGAACGCCACGUCAUAUGGUUCUCCCUCGCCGUAUGAGCGAGGCGAGGCGGCCAUGGUGUUGCCCAUCACCCUGCAGCAUUUUACACCAGUCUACAUUUCUGCUUUUGGGGUCGGAGCUGUUGCCGCUGCAGUGAUGUCAUCCGCUGACUCUUUCCUCUUGUCUGCAACCACCAUUUUCACCACCAACAUCUAUCAGACCAUCAGGAGUCAGGCAUCCGAUAAAGAGCUACAGUGGGUGAUUCGUCUCUCCAUAGUGGUUUCAGGACUUGUGGGAACAUCCCUCACCUAUCUGGACGGUGGCAUCUUGGUGUUCUGGAUCCUGGGCUCAGACCUGACCUACACCAUUCUAUUCCCGCAACUGAUCUGCGUCCUCUUUGUUGAGGUUUCCAAUGGUUACGGGGCGAUAACAGGCUUCCUUGUUGCCGUGGUGAUGAGACUGUUGUGCGGAGAGCCGUUGUUAGGCCUCCCCGUGCUCCUGCAUUUCCCAGGAUGCACUUUAGAGGACGGCGUUGAUAUUCAGCGCUCUCCUUUCAAGACCAUUUGCAUGUUGUGUGCUCUGGUCUCCAUUCUGAUGUUUUCAUAUGUGGCCUCACUUCUUUUUAACAGGGGGGGCCUUCCUGAGAGAAUGGAUGUGUUCAAAGUCAAGUCACAAGGAGCACCGACACCAGCAGAUGGUGCCACCGAGGGUGACAGGGAUCAGUCUGAUGAAAAUGAUGCAUUUGCCUCUGAAGCAAUGCUGGAGACAAAGUGCUAAAUUUCUAUGUCUUGUAAAUUCAAUUGUUGGGUUAUAAGGACCAACUUGUCAUUGUUGGUUAUUGCUAAUUAUUCUAAUUAUGAAACUACAUAAUUUUUGCGUCGGGAUUAUUCGUUGGGCUAUUUUGACAUUUUUAGGUCAUAUGGAUUACAUUGUAGAUGUUUUGUUCUAUGUAGUCUCCUUCCUGUUUAUCAAAGGGCUCUUUCUUGAGAGGCUGGACAUGUCUAAGGUCCCACAAAGGACAAAAACCAGCAGGUGGCGAGAGACUGAUAUUCAAAAUGAAAAAGACACACUUGCCUCUACAUCAGUGCUACAUACAAGAUGCUACAUUUUCAAGGCCUAUGCUUUUGGUGCUUUCGUAUAACUGGUUUGGGAUGAUAGCAAAGGGUAUAUCGCCAUUAUUACUUUACUUAUUAUAAAAGAAAGAGUAAACAUAAUUAAAGACUGUUUCCAAACUACCUCAAAUCAAACAAGUGUCUCAACACUACCAUUUAUUCUUUUGGGCUAUUCACGACAACGGGAGACACAUUGGCGAGCUUUUGGAACCACAGCUGCCACAACAAACUGGCCAAGUAUGUGUCGCUGGUCCUCUGAAUUACAUAAUAAAUUAUUGGUGAUAUUGGUUUAAAGUCAUUUUCUUUGACUCACUAACCAGAGGCGCUUCUGAAAGCAGGACAGAAACUAUUCAUACUGCAUUUCAGCAAACUUUGCAGCAUUGGCUUAUGUUUAAUUUGAUUUGUGGUGAGACUUAUGGAUAGGACUUAUUAAAAAUGCGGUAACUUUCUUCUGCUUAGGAAUCAGUUUGAGAGGAAAGGUGUAAAAUGCUAGAUUACCUUAGCAUAAAGGCCAAACCUCCUUUAUGACAUUCACCUAAUUCUUGUGUAAUUUUUUUUAAAGCCCAUUAUGAAUUAAAU